GAUGUGGGGUUGAAGUAUUGUUUGUUCUUAUGUUACCAGGGAAGAAUUGAUUGCUGGUUUUGGAAAUGGCAUUGAGUGAGAUGGAAGGCGAUGGCUCAGAAGAGGAGCAAAGCGGAUGCCAGGAGCCAGAUGUCAUUGCCAGUGGAAAUAUAUUGGAGAGUUUCACAGAGAGUCAAGAAAUCAGAGGGUUAAUUAACAACCUGAGAGGGGUGUAUGGGGAUCAGGGAACACGAGAGGUGACAACUGAAAAAUUCAUAGUUAUAAUGGACAAGUACCAGGAACAACCUCACUUGUUGGAUUCUCACCUAGAGUGGAUGAUGCAUUUAUUGCUGGAUAUAGUACGAGAUAACAGCUCACCUUCUCCACUAGUACAUCUGGCUUUUAAAUUUCUUUACAUCAUCACAAAGGUACGAGGGUAUAAAAUUUUCCUCCAACUGUUUCCUCAUGAAGUAGCUGAUGUACAGCCUGUCUUGGAUAUGUUUGCAGAUCAAAAUCCUAAGGACUAUGAGACGUGGGAGACUCGCUACAUGCUUUUGUUGUGGCUCUCCAUGACAUGUCUGAUACCUUUUGAUUUGGCUCGCCUUGAUGGAAAUAUCCUUUCUGAAGGACACACUCGAAUGCCAAUAAUGGAUCGCAUACUCAAAAUAGCAAAAUCUUACCUGGUUGUCAGUGAUAAGGCUCGAGAUGCAGCUGCUGUAUUGGUUUCCAGGUUUAUUACCCGCCCUGAUGUCAAACAAAAAAGAAUGGCCAACUUCCUGGACUGGGCCCUUUCAACGUUAUCUAAGUCCUCCUUUCAGACCAUGGAAGGGACUAUUGUAAUGGAUGGCAUGCUUCAGGCCCUGGCGCAGUUAUUUAAACAUGGCAAGAGAGAUGAUUGUUUACCAUAUGCUUCUACUGUACUCGAAUGCCUUGAUAAUUGCAAGCUGUCAGAAAGUAACCAGACGCUUCUUCGUAAACUAGGAGUGAAACUUGUUCAGCGACUUGGAUUGACGUUUCUAAAACCAAAGGUGGCAAAGUGGAGGUAUCAACGUGGCUGUAGAUCUUUGGCCACCAACCUGCAGUUUUCUGGUCAGGGUGCAGUUGCACAGAAUCUAGUAACUGCUGCUGUUGCUGCUGCUGCUGAUGUUGAAGAGGAGUAUGACAUUCCGGGAGAGGUUGAGAAUGUUAUAGAACAAUUAUUGGUUGGAUUGAAAGACAAAGACACCAUAGUUCGAUGGUCUGCUGCAAAAGGGGUUGGCAGAAUAACUGGAAGGCUUCCAAAAGAGUUAGCAGAUGAUGUAGUUGGGUCUCUGUUGGACUGCUUUAGUUUCCAGGAAACAGACAAUUCUUGGCAUGGUGGAUGUCUGGCUCUCGCUGAAUUAGGCAGAAGAGGAUUGUUACUCCCUUCCCGUAUCGUAGACGUUGUCCCUGUUAUUUUAAAAGCAUUGACAUAUGAUGAGAAGCGGGGAGCCUGCAGCGUUGGUUCCAACGUAAGAGAUGCAGCAUGCUAUGUUUGUUGGGCCUUUGCUCGUGCCUAUGAUCCCCUAGAACUGAAGCCAUUUGUUAAUCAAAUUUCAAGUGCAUUGAUAAUAGCUGCAGUUUUUGACCGUGAUAUUAACUGCAGAAGAGCUGCCUCUGCUGCCUUUCAGGAGAAUGUUGGAAGACAGGGGACUUUUCCACAUGGCAUUGACAUUUUGACUGCAGCUGAUUAUUUUGCUGUUGGUAACAGAGUUAAUUGUUUCCUUAAUAUAAGUGUGUACAUUGCUAGUUUUCCUGAGUAUACACAAGCAAUGAUUGACCACCUGGUUAACAUGAAGAUCAACCAUUGGGAUGGUGUUAUUCGAGAACUGUCAACUAAAGCUCUGCGAAACCUCACUCCACAGGCCCCUGAGUAUAUGACAAAUGUGGUUUUGCCUAAAUUGCUGCCAUUAGCAGUGGGUCCAGAUUUACAUAUUCGUCAUGGAGCUAUUCUUGCCUGUGCUGAGAUCACCCAUGCAUUGUACAAACUAGCAGCAGAGAAUAAUCGAUCAAUUACGAAUUAUUUUGAUGGAAAAUCGUUGGAGGGACUUAAGCAGAUCCAUUGGGAGCUUUGCAGUCGUCAGUUGUACAGGGGCUUAGGUGGAGAACUAAUGAGACCAGCUGUUUGCACUUUAAUUGAAAAGUUGUCACUUUCAAAAAUGCCAUUUAGAGAGGAUCGCAUAAUCGAGGGCUGGCAGUGGUUGAUAAAUGACAGUUUAAGAAGCCUGCCUCUUGUUUCAAGUACUACAAGACAGCAAAUAAAGGAAGCUGCAGUCUCUGCCCUUGCUGCAUUGUGUAAUGAGUAUUACAGCAAUGAACAGAGAGAAGCCAGUCCAGCUCUUCAGGGUGAACUGUUGGAGCAAUAUAUUUCAGAACUUCAGAACACAGAGGAAAUGAUUCGUUGUGGGUUUUCACUAGCCCUGGGGGCCUUUCCAAGAUUUCUGCUAAAAGGCAAGCUCCAGCAGGUUUUACAAAGUUUGAAAAAAGUUACCUGCAUUUCUGACAAACAUGUGAGCUUUGCAGAAUCAAGAAGAGAUGGCUUAAAAGCAAUCGCAAAAGUUUGUCAGACAGUUGGUGUGAAGAGAGAAGGAUCACAGGAUGAAUUUGUCUGCAAAGAUAAUGUGGUUCAGAUCUAUACAAUGUUACUGAAUGGUAUGAGUGACUACACCACAGACAGCCGAGGCGAUGUUGGAGCAUGGGUAAGAGAAGCUGCUAUGACAAGUUUAAUGGAGGUGACGCUUUUGUUGGUACAAAAUGAGCCAGAGAUGCUUGACGCUAACAUUUGUGAACAGAUUAUGUGCUGCCUGGCCCAGCAGUCAGCUGAAAAAAUUGAUAGAUUUCGUGCUCAUGCUGGAUCUGUGUUCCUCAAUUUUUUGUACUAUGACAACCCACCAGUUCCACACAUACCCCACCGGGAGGAACUGGAGAGGAUAUUUCCGAGGUCCGAGGCUGUAACUUUAAAUUGGAAUGCCCCCUCACAAGCCUUCCCUCGAAUCACACAGCUUUUGGGUUUGCCAACUUAUCGGUAUCAUGUCCUGCUGGGUCUUACGGUAUCUGUUGGGGGAUUAACAGAGACAACGGUCAGGUAUUCUGCACAGAGCCUCUUUGACUAUAUGAAGAAAAUCCAAAACAAUCCGUGCGCUAUGAACACCUUUUGUGAGACUUUGUUACGGGUCUUUGAGGAUAACCUGCUGAAUGACAGAGUAUCGGUGCCCUUGUUAAAGAUGCUGGAUCAGAUGCUAGCUAAUGGCUGCUUUGACAUCUUCACCACUGAAGAGAACCAUCCGUUUGCUUUGAAGUUACUUACACUUUGCAAAGAAGAGAUCAAGAAAUCCAAAGAUAUUCAAAAACUUCGCUCCAGCAUUGCAGUAUUUUGUGGCAUGAUUCAGUUUCAAGGUGACAUGAGAGAGAAAGUUUUAUUUCAACUGUUUCUUCUUCUUUGCCAUCCAUUUCCUGUGAUAAGGAAAACAGCAGCCAGUCAAGUGUAUGAAAUGUUGAUAACCUACAGUGACAUUGUCGAUCCUGAUAUUCUGGACGAGGUCAUGACAGUACUUAGUGACACCAGUUGGGAUGCUGAAUUACCACUAGUGAGAGAGAAGCGCAACUUUCUCUGUGACCUCAUGAAAGUGCCGAAGCCGCAGCUGGUAUCCAAGAGAGCAGCACAGUAAAGCAGUUGGUGUUUGUUGCUUUGAAAACUGAAGCGCUCGGGCCCUAGUGUCCAUGAAGGAGGAAGUGAUCUCUGUUGCAGUAUCUUGAUGCACUGGAAUCUUAGGUUGAGCUACAAAAUACAACGAUUAACAAAAUUAACAUGAAGAGUAAAAGCAUCGCACAGAUAUCUCACUGGAAAAGCUGAAUGUUUAUCAGUAUCUGACUACCACAUAAAGAAGGCAACAAAUAUCUACUUUCAAUUCUUAAAUUUGUCAUCGAUAGCCACAAGAUGGCAGUUUGUCCUCAAGAGCUUUGUCAUAAUUGAGCUGCUUUUGAAUGCCAGUGUUUUGCAUUCCAUCAGUAAAGCUGAAUUAAUGUUUCUCUUCUAAAAUUUUAGAACUUGUACUUGUGUAUUGCAUAUAUUUAUAGUUGUAGCUAAUGUUUAUGGGUCAAGACACACAUGCUUAAGAUGAUGAUGUAACAAUUUGGAGUGGAAGAGACCUUUUUCAUAGUGGCAAUACUUAAUGGUAAUUAAAAUCUUUCCUCGUUACCUGCAGGUAAAACCUCUCUCAAUAACCUGUUCUUUUAUUGCCAUCAGCCGACUUAUAGUCUGCAAGCAAAAGCAGACAGUCUUCAUUUUGGUAAGGUCAAAGCCUAAACUACACAGACACUGCUGAAUAGUGUAACUGAAUAGUGACUUUGUGCUAGGAGCUUGAGUUCGAGACAUCAAGCAGAACCCCACUUUUGUAGCUGAGGAAUCAGAGGUGACAGGUCAGUGCUUCCGUCACUGCCCUUACUGCUAGACCUUUUUAAAAACCAGUCAUCCAUUAUCAGCUCCUCUCAGCAGCUCCAUGGGCCUCUAAAAUAGAUCAGUGACUGCAGGCUACAUUGAGACUUAACAGGAUACUAUAGCUAAUAAGUCUUUUUAUAUGUAGUAAACUCCACCCCCAUUGUGUAUGUUACAACAAUUUAUAGUGGAAUAGCAUGUAGCUCAGGUCUUUAAGUAAUGGGUCUCUGGGUUUGCUUGGAAAAUAAAAGGAAAAUGUACGUGUCUUAUGUAAAUGACUGUAUUUCUACCCUCCCUCCCCACAGUCUGGCACAGGUUGGGGUAGGGAGGCCACUUAGCUGGUCUGGUGGCCAACAAAGUCAAGCCUUGUCCCCAGCAGGCCACUCUCUUGCUGGUGUAGUGGCCCAGAGGUCACUCUGAGGAUAGCUGUCCCCUGUGCUCACUGCCCCCAGUGGUCACACUACUGGAUAGCUAUCAGCCCCCUCCCUUUCUAUGUUACGGAAAACAGUCCCAAUCCAGGCACUUCCCAUUGUCCAGACACAACCAACACCUGACCUUGCUUUGUUAGGACGCUGUGUACCACGUUUAGUGGUCCUAGCUCUUACUGUUUAGUAGUUGUUGAACAAACAGACUUGCAGAUGGAUGGACUCUGACAGAUGCACAAACUCUCAUUCAUAUAUAGAUUAUGCCAAUUCAGAGUUGCCAUAAAUGACAUGGUUAGCAAGUAGAAUAACCACAUUUAUUAUUCACUUUGAACAGCUAUUCAAAACCACAUCUCCUCUGAUAUUCACAAUUAAUCCCUGUUUGUUGUGACAAGAAGUUGUCCAAUUAACAUAAACACCCACAUACGUGCUUGUACAUCCAAGAACCUGGCCAGUUUUUGAUGUGUGAAUUAUGAGAACAUAACAGCUCUAAACUUGCUUGCUUUAAGCAAAGCUUUUAUUCCACUUUACAGUACAGACUUGCAGCAUGCUCUGCUCCAAUAGAGAGGGUAUGGACACUGAUUUUUUUAAAACUUAUCUGAACUCAGGAGUAGGAGGAGGAACAGAAAGAUCUCACAGGCUUUUAUUUUGCUGUAUAAACCCAUUUAAUUCUUUUUCUAGAUUCAUAAGAUAAGCUCAUUAUGUGACUGACUUGUGACAAGUGUAUUGAAUUGUUCUGUUCCUAAUGCAGAAGGGAAGGAGAAAUUUCCAAACGCUUGUUGGUUUGGUUUUUGCACAACUGAAUAAGCCCAGAAAACAGCUUUUGUUCAAAUUUGGGCCAAAAUGAUUUAGGGCUAGAUGUGAAGUAUGUACACACGUCAGUGGAGUGGCCCACUACUCUGGAGGACCUGUCUUCACGAAAGGCUCAUCCCUCAAGUGCCACUCCUAGAAGGUAGCCAUGUAGCUCUGGAGAACAGAGGUUUUCAAACGGGGGGGAGGGGCAUAACUCCAGAUGAAUGUUCCAGGGGCUGAGCGACAUUGCCAGGCAGCUUGGGCAUUAGCUUGCAGACAACCUCCAUCCCUUGAUUAGCCUCUUUCUGACUGGGUUGGGGGAGGGUGGGGUUAGCUCAGAAAGUUUGGAAACUGCUGUUGCAGACAUAGUCUGGUCCUACCCCCCACAUCUCUGUUUCCACUGGUUAAGGGUGCAGAUGGCGAGUCAUUUCAGACCAGUAUUGCUCACAUGGCAAUAUGUGUUCCUUGCCUGGGGCAAAAACAGCACUGGGCCAAAUCCAGCCAGAAAGGCAGGAGCCCCACUUGCCCAACAGGGUGAACUUGUUCAUGUAAAAUGUAUGAAAAAUUAAGAUGGACAGUAGUACAGCUCUACAGACAUGUCAAAAUAUAGUUACAUCAAAAAAAACCCCAAAAGAUUACUCGAAUGUUUAGACUUGGCACCUUGGAGGAGUUAGGGGCACAGACCACUUCCCUCAGAAGUUGACUGGACCAACCGCUCUGAGUGACAGGCACCUGUGUGUCUGAGUAUGGAAAUUGAGCCAUUUCAUCUCUCUGAGAAACUGACAAUGCAAAAUUCUAGUUAAGGGAUCACCUUCUCUUGAAAAUCUGGGCUGUGGGGGUUAAAGGCGAUGCAGUUAGUUACCAAUCCCCUUGUCUGAGAGGCCCAGAACACCUUUUUCUGUAGAAAGAAAGCUGCAGCCACUUUUCCAUACCGCAUUCUGAGCGGCAAAGGAUAAACAAUAAUCUUUUCCUCAGCUUGGAACUGGCAGGCAUAAGCCGAAGCCAGAAGCACCGAACAUAGCCAGCCACGGGGGAGGGCCGUGGAAUGGUGAUCUCAGUAUUGUUAAUCUGCACAGGGAAUUAUAAACAUUGAAACUGGGUUGGGAUCCUGAGAACAAGAGUGAAGUGAUGCACGUGAUUAAUCAAUUCAAACAGGGUCCACAUGGCAGUAGCCAGGAAAGAGAGAGGCAGGCUCAUAGUUACAGGCCUCUUUUCUGAAAGGAGCCAUUAUUAACCAGAAGUUCGGGAGGUGGGAGGCACUCUUCUCCACACAGACUUUAUAAUUGAAUUCUGCACAGCUGGUCCAGGAAGCAAAGGCAGCAGCACAGUUUAAUUAACCAGCAAGACAGCACUUGCUGGAAGUCUUUAGAGUCUGAACUUGGUAUAUUUUUAUAUUCAAUUUGAGUAUAUUGAUGGGAUAACAUACAGCCUAAGUGGCUCUGGCUGCUGUGAGCCAUUUCACGAGACCCCUAACAUUCAAGUGUGCAACCUUCCUUCCUGUCCAGCCGAGUGCCAUAUAGACAAAGAAAAAAGUCAUAUGGACAGCGGAUACUGUAUGGCCCCUCAGUAUUAUGCCAUUCUCAGGGUGUCAAUCACCAAUGGAACAAGAAAGGUAGAUACUGAUAAGGGAACAACCAUAACUAAGACAAUUGUUAAACAGUAGUUUAGUUAAACAAUUAGGGCAACUAGCAACCAAAAUACCUGCUACUAAGCCAGAGUAAAGAUUUUCUAAAAUAAUUAGUAAUGUAAUUACUUUUUCUAAAGUAAUUAGGUGACCUACUUAAAAAACAUUAGCGGUGUCCAAAUUGUAUAAAAUGCUAUGCAAUUCGAUUCAGACCUAUCUAAUGUGUCAAGCUGGGCCCCCAGAAUCACUAGUUAAGGUAAGUUACCUCUUCAUUGUGUUCAUUCACAUCUACUAAACCACUAACUGGCAUAUUUCAUCGGCGGGAUUGUAUAAA